AUGAGUGCAGCGGCAAGUGUCGGUGGAUCGUUUAUGGGGUUCAGUGGUGGACCCGAUGUGUCUGUUGAAUCGUUUGAGAUAAAUGCGAAGAAACAAGGGAAGGAGAAGAUCACACGCACAGCAACAAUAACGCGAAAAAUUCAAUGUAUCGGUCCACCGUGCUAUAAUUUAGAUUUAUUCAUACAAGCGUUGUACUCGCACAAUUCCUCGUGGUACGUGAUCGAUCGUGAUGCAUUAUUAUCGUUCAUUCCGGUUUGGGAAAUAAUUCUAACACAGUACUCGUCUCAGCCGCAAAUGAUCGAUGCAGCAAAUUUAUUCAAACUCACAUGGCUAUUGGCCGCACAAGAGUAUGAGCAUGUUUUUUUGAUUCAAUGUGAAAUUCAACGUAUACGAUAUGGAGACUACAUAUCGAGUGGUGGCUCAAAACGUAAUUUAAUCAAAUCUCCUACAAACGCCAAUGGCACAUGUAAUCUCUAG